UCACAUUCGAGUUGAGCUCAGUUUAGCAGGGGAUAAACAUAAACCCAAAUUCUUCCAAAAAAAAUGAGCCUAUCCUACUACCCUUCUUCUUCAUCAUAUUCAACUUCACUUGGGUCAAACCGCCAAUUCAACUCCCCAACAUAUGUUGGUCAAUAUCAUGUACAAAUUUCAACCCUGUCAUUUGAUACAACAAGGCGGCGGCUAAAGUCAACUAACGCAGGCAAUUUACGUUCGACCGUGUGUUCGGUGCGCGUAUCCCCGUGGGAUGAUAAGCCACACCGAAUGCUGCCCGGUGGGGAAGUAUCAUACUACGACGAGCGCGACGUCAUCUCGUUUCUUGAUCCACCAAAAGAGCUCAUUCCUUUAGACCCUUCUACCUAUAACCCAGCCACUUAUCUUUGGAAGAAAAUUGAUGACAUCCCAGAGGAAAGGAGACAUCGUUUGUUGUCCUUGUUUGAUCCCAGACUUAUUACAAGAGCUUGGGAGGUUGCAGGGACAAGAUUUGAUGAUUCAAAUCUGGCAAAGAAAAGUUCAUCUAGUUUUUUUGCCGGUGAAGCUGGUAAAAAGUUGCUUGAGUUUUGGCACUGCAGAACAAAUGGAGGGCCUUUGGCUGUAGCCUGGAUUAAUUACUUCAAGACGGCUUUAUUCUGCUGCAAGGAUGGUCAAAGUUUUGGAAGAGUCAUAGAUGCAUCAGUUUUCCGUGGAAUAUCACGUUCAUUCGCUCCGUUGUACUUCACAGUGAGAGAGGUGAGUGAAGUGAUGUCAACCGAGGAACCUUGUGAUGUAGCAUAUGAGUUUGGAACUGGGCUCUUGGAUCUGCAAGAGUAUCCCGAAGGAUUUCCAAAACCAGGGAAACACCCAUGGCCAUUUAAUGACGAGGUUGUGAUAUACAUACGGAAUGUGGGACCUGGUGUUAUGGUGGCACAAAUAUGGCAAGAAGGAGAAGACCUCAAACAAGUCCCUAAAAAGUUAUGUAGUGAAAUAUUGAUGGUCAAAGACUACUCCCAUGUAGAUAAAACUUGGUAAACCAAGCAGAUUUUGUUAUAAAUUUUAGUUUUCGGCUUUUCAUCCUUGCAUUUGUGCCGUUACCGUCUUUGAUGUUUGCAAUUAUGAAAGACAGGUUAGUCUCUUGCAUA